AUUGAGAACUAGUUUGUGCGUAGCAGUCAAUCACAAUCUCAAUUUUGGUGUAGCUGUUUUGGUUCCUACAUUUCAAAAGAAAAUUGUUCAAAACAAAAUUUGAUAAAAUUUUCUGCAUUAUAUUUUUAAUAAGAGUAUCAACCAGCUCAAGACAGACAUGAGUUGCGAUCAAAGCUUCGAGGAUGAUAAUUGCAGCAUCAAUUCCAAUGUCUGCCAUUCAACAAGUCCAGUGCAGAAGGAGACUCCCAUUCGUGUGCGUGAUAUGAUAAAUCUCUAUAACUUUGCCACACAAAAGAACCAAGAAUUGAAUAAGGCUAAGUCCAUAUAUUUCGGCGAAAUUGCAAAGGUUGAGGAGCAGGAAUUUUGCAGUUGCAUUUGCAAUAAAAUGCCAGACUCAGAUGGUCAGGCUGGCAACAGCUGCAACAAAGACAACUUUCGAUUGACCACAUUGGAUGACCAAACUUCGCUACGUCAAUCGUUAAGCGGGAAUGCCUCGAAUGGUGAAUCAGUGGCAAAAUCAUAUGAAAGCAAGACAACUAUUCGACGCAGCAAAUAUGGCGUUCGCAUCACAAUUGACAUAUUCCAUGAUAAGAAUGACAAAGACAUCGAUAUUUCCGGCAGCCGUGUGGAGACGGAAAUUCCGCGGAGCCGCAUAUUGACCGAAUUCCAGCAACACUCACAGCAAGUCAGGCAAUCACCCAAUGUUUAAUGUGUUUAUCAGUUGAUAACAUUUACAUUACUCUCAAUUUUAGUAGAGAAACGUCACAAAAUUCAUUGUUGUGUAUACGUACCGUUGCACCGUUAUAUUCACGAAAAUAUUAACAACACGCAUUUAUUUCAUUGAA